GAAACUUGGCUUUUAUUAACGUGGUAUACACGGGAAGCUCGAAUUGGCGAUGUUUAAAAUGAAUCGCAUUGUAGCUUCAAAGCGAUCUUAUGUUUAAAGUGAACCUGAAAUUAUGAACUUGAUCCAUCGCCUCUUUCGAAUGCCUCUCAAUGAUAAAAAUUAAUUCCCAUGUCGGGGGAAUAAAAUAAAAUAUCGAGAAGACGGUGUAAUAUAGUCCCAUCGGACCGAAUUACUUUGGCUGUUCUUCGAGGAACGCUAUUUUUAGUCUUCACGAAGCGAUACGGGUGGUAUAACCGUACAUGAUGAAACGGUUCACAGGCACAUUGUGAGCACCAUCCUCCCGUUAACUAUUCGCCAAGAAAGAAGAAGCGAGCGAGCCUCGCCCGAAGUGCAAUCUUACCGAUGGAACAGGUCGAUCAACUGGAUUUGGAGAAACAAUACGAGAUUGGUUUAAAAUGAUCAAGGACCGAAUUGUGGGAAAAUGGCGGGAAUGGUUUGGCAAAGAUAGUCCAACUCCGAACUUAUCACCGCAGGAUAUUUUAAACAUUGAUAAGACGUUAGAGAGUCGAAUAUCGAGUUAUCCAGGCUUGUUCUUAGAUUUGUCUAGCCUAUCGUUCGACCCAAAACGAGAUUGGGGCGUCCGGAUUGGUAACUGGUACAUCAUCCGGAAAAUUGCAGGCAAUGACUACGGGGACAGUGAUUCGGAUGAGUGGGACGUGCCAAAUCUGCCUCCUAUAUUUGGGACCGACUGGACACCUGACUUCAAUAAACUUCCAACAGAAAUUCCGAAAACUACGCGACCUCCAACGACUACACCAAAGAUUGAAUUGACUACACCGAGACAACAGACAACCCAAACUAUUACGCAAUCAGAUUUAAUUUUUACAGAAUCAACUGUAACACCCACCGAGGCUAUCGCGACUUCUACCGAAUCGAUUCCACUUCCUACCCAAUUAAUUACAACUUCCAUAGAGCCGAAUAUAGAAAUUGAUUCAUCAAGUGAAGAAAUGAUAACUUCCAGUGAAACUGUUGUAAUGAAUAGUGUACCAGUUGCAGCACCUACUGAUUCUACAUUAACAUCUACCGAAUCAACUGUUUCGUCAGUUGAUACUACCAUGUUUUCCGUCACAUCGACAUCAUCCACUGAUCUAACUUCUAUGUUCAAAUCAAUCGAGACAUCUAUCGAAUCUGCAGUUUCUAAUGAAACAGAUAAUACGUCUUCUGAGGAAUUAACUACUACUACUACUAAUGACUCACCUGAAAUGUCCACCGAACAAAUUUUACCUUUCUUUAAUAAGCGAGUAGAAGAUAAUGAAACUGUUAAUAAACAUACCACGAAGAAACCUCGUCCAGCAUCUGCCGAAGUUAUAACAUUUUAAACAGAUUUAUAUCAUAAAAAAACUCAGGUGUAUAUCUUCAAUGGUUUUUAAUAAAGUUUUAAGUAUGUAAGUUGUAAAUACA